AUGGAAAAUAAGGAAAUAAAAAUUAUUUUAUCCGAGAGAGGUAAAGGGUUGGCAAAUGUUGGAGCUUUCAAGUACAGGUUUAUUGGGUCCAGGAAAAAUGGUGAAUUGUUGAAAUGGCGAUGCACAAAAAAUGAUUGUACCGCAACAAUCUAUUCUGGCCAAGAGAAAAAUAUUGUACUGCAAUCAAAUGGACAACAUCAUCAUGACGGAAAUUCAGUACAUAAAAUUCAAAGGCAAGUAUUACGAGAAAAUUGCAAACGACGAGCUGAAGAAUCUAUGUCAAUUCAACCUCUUAAAUUAAUUAGACAUGAACUCCUCCGUAAUACUGAACUAACGUCCAUUGUCCAUAAAGAUUUGAAAACAGUUCGAAAGGCUAUUUAUGAUAGACGAAGAAAUACACUUCCUGAAUUACCUAAGUCACGAGAAGACAUGUUUUUGCAGCUAAAUUUAAUAAAAACUCAAUCUGAUUUUAUGUUUAAUGGACAGCAAUUUAUACAUAUUCCUGAAGAUGAUAGUUUUGUAUGUAUUACUAGCGACGACAACCUAAAAUUUAUGACAACAAAAUGCAGUGAUUUAUUUGCCGAUGGUACAUUCAAUUACGCUCCUAAAUAUUUUAUGCAGUUAUAUACAAUACACGGAUUUAAAAAUGGGUAUUAUUUGCCUUUAGUUUAUUUUUUUUUGUUUGAGAAAUCGAAAGAGAUGUAUAAAAAAAUUUGGUUAUUUCUUAAAGAAUUGUGUAUGAAAUGUAAUGAAACUGAGUUCAAAUUACAAAAAUUACAUGUUGACUUCAAAAAAGCAGCUCACCAAGCCGCUUCUGAAGUUUUUGAAGAUGUCCAAUUGUUAUCAUGCAGAUUUCAUUUAGGGCAAUCAUGGUGGAGGAAAAUAAACAGUGACCCUGUACUCAGAUUAGCAUAUACAAAAAAAGACGAUGCUCUUGGAAAUUGGUUAAAAGUGUUUUUUGGAUUGGCUUUUCUUCCGAGUCAUGAAGUAGCUGAUGCAUUUGUCGAACUUAUCAGUGUAUGUCCAGAUGAAAUUGCUUGCACAGAAUUUUCCGAUUAUAUUUUUAAUAAUUACAUUGAUGACGGAUCUCAAUUUCCUCCAAAUAUAUGGGCUGAGGAACCAUCGUAUAAUCCAAGAACAACUAAUGCAGCUGAAAGUUUCCACAGGACAUACAAUUCCCAAUUUUACAAAGCACAUCCACAUAUACACUUGGUUAUUAUAGUGUUACAGGAAACUCAGGCUGAAACGAUCACGAAAAUUCAAUCCAUAGCAAGUAAUAAUCAUAAAAAAAUUAGUGUUAUCGAAAACCAAAAAAUAAACUUCACUAUAAAGGCUUAUCAGGAGUACUCUGCAUUAAAAAAUGUUGAUGACUUACUUAAAUACUUAUUUAAAAUUGGAAAUAAGUAUUUAGGGAAAAAAAUUUAA